CUUCACACUUGAAGAAGUAUGGAGAUUCCUGUCGGCACGUAGCCGCUAUUUUCUCUCUCUCCGCUACUUUUUCCUUUAUAUUUUUCAUAUUUAUUAACUGGGUCGCAAAUGAAGAGCCAGAGGCCAAAGUGAAGAGUGGAUAUAAGGCAUAUUGAAUGUCAUGGCAGCUUCUCAACUAUACUCCAAGUAUGCCCGGGUCUGGCUCCCAGAUGCUGUGGAGGCAUGGAAGCCAGCAGAGCUCACCAAGGACUACACUCCUGGAGACAGAGCUCUGUGUCUACAGCUGGAGGAUGGCACAAACUUGGAACACAAGAUCGACCCCCAGACCAAUAGUUUACCCCCGCUAAGGAACCCUGAUAUCCUGGUGGGGGAGAAUGACCUGACGGCUCUCAGCUACCUCCACGAACCAGCAGUUCUACACAACCUCAAAGUGCGCUUCGUGGAGUCCAAGAUCAUCUACACCUACUGUGGCAUCGUGUUGGUUGCUAUCAACCCCUAUGAGAGCAUACCCAUCUAUGACCAUGACAUCAUCAACGCCUACAGUGGACAGAACAUGGGCGACAUGGAUCCUCACAUCUUCGCUGUGGCAGAGGAGGCUUACAAACAGAUGGCCAGAGAUCAGAGGAACCAGUCUAUCAUAGUGAGUGGGGAGUCUGGGGCUGGUAAGACAGUCUCUGCUAAGUAUGCCAUGAGGUACUUUGCUACGGUCAGCGGGUCCUCCAGCGAGGCUAAUGUGGAGGAGAGAGUGCUGGCCUCCAGCCCCAUCAUGGAGGCCAUCGGGAAUGCAAAGACGACUAGAAACGACAACAGCAGUCGCUUUGGGAAGUACAUCGAGAUUGGAUUCGACAAAAACUAUCACAUCAUCGGGGCUAACAUGAGAACGUACUUGCUGGAGAAAUCUAGAGUGGUGUUUCAGGCUACCGAGGAGAGGAAUUACCAUAUAUUCUACCAACUGUGUGCCUCCUCACACCUUCCUGAGUUCAAACCUCUCCAGUUAGGUAACGCUGAUGAUUUCCACUGUACCAACCAGGGAGGUAGCCCUGUCAUAGAGGGAGUAGACGAUGCCAAAGAGAUGUGCAGCACCAGGAAGGCUUUCUCAUUGUUGGGAAUCAAUGAAACGUAUCAAAUGGAUCUCUUCCAGAUCCUGGCCGCUCUGCUUCACCUUGGCAACGUGGAGGUGGAAGAGAGAUCGGCAGACAGCAGUACCAUCCUGCCUGACAAUACUCACCUGACGGUGUUCUGUGAGCUGAUGGGCGUGGCCUACCAGGACAUGUCUCAUUGGCUGUGCCACAGAAAAUUGAAGACUGCCACGGAGACCUACGUUAAGCCCCUCUCCAAAGUGCAUGCGAUCAACGCACGGGACGCGCUGGCCAAACACAUCUACGCUAAACUCUUCAGCUGGAUCGUAGACCACAUCAAUGAGGCUCUGCGCUCUGCUGUCAAACAGCACUCCUUCAUUGGGGUUCUCGACAUCUAUGGGUUUGAAACGUUUCACAUCAACAGCUUUGAGCAGUUCUGUAUUAACUAUGCCAACGAGAAGCUUCAACAGCAGUUUAACAUGCAUGUGUUCAAGCUGGAGCAGGAGGAGUACAUGAAGGAGGAUAUUCCCUGGACUCUGAUAGACUUCUAUGAUAACCAUCCCUGUAUCAACCUCAUCGAGGCCAAGAUGGGGGUCCUGGACCUGUUGGAUGAGGAGUGCAAAAUGCCCAAAGGCUCUGAUGACACAUGGGCUCAGAAACUUUACAACACCUUCCUGAAGAAAAGUGAUCUUUUUGACAAACCUCGUAUGUCCAACAAAGCCUUUAUCAUCCUCCACUUUGCAGACAAGGUGGAGUACCAGUGUGAGGGAUUCCUGGAGAAGAAUAAGGACACUGUCAAUGAAGAGCAGAUUACUGUGCUCAAGCUAAGCAAGUUUGAUCUGCUGUUGGAGCUGUUCAGCGACGAGGAGAAGCCUGCAGGCUCCCUGACCAGUCGCAGUAAGAUGACACGGCCUGUUCAGGCUCAGAGAGACCACAAGAAGACCGUUGGAACGCAGUUUCGUAACUCUCUACAUCUGCUGAUGGAGACUCUGAACGGAACUACCCCUCACUAUGUACGCUGCAUCAAGCCCAACGACCUCAAAUCCCCAUUCAUGAUGGACCCCAUGAGGGCAGUACAGCAGUUACGGGCUUGUGGAGUCCUGGAAACCAUCCGCAUCUCAGCAGCAGGCUUCCCAUCCAGGUGGACCUACCAGGAGUUCUUCAACCGGUACCGGGUUCUGAUGAAACUGAAGGACAUUCUCUCAGACAGGAAGCAGACCUGCAGGAACGUCCUGGAGAAAUGGGUUCAGGACCAGGACAAAUACCAGUUUGGAAAGAGCAAGAUCUUCUUCAGGGCGGGUCAGGUGGCCUAUCUAGAGAAGCUGCGUUCUGAUAAACUGAAGAAGGCGUGCGUUCGUAUCCAGAAGACGAUCAGAUGUUGGCUGACCAGGAAGAGGUAUCUCCGUAUGAGACAAGCUGCCAUCACCAUACAGAAAAACACACGAGGUUACCAGGCGCGCUGUCUGGUAGCGUUCCUGAGGAGGACCAGAGCAGCGGUUAUCAUCCAGAGGAACCAGCGUAUGUUAGUGGCCAGGAGACGCUACCAGCAGCAGAGGUCUGCAUCCAUCACCAUGCAGCGUCUGCUACGGGCCUACCAGGCCAGACAGACCUACCGCAAGCUGCUGUACGAACACAAGGUUCUCACCAUCCAGAGGUGGGUGAGAGGCUGGCUGGCCAGGCGGAGGUGCAGACGCUCCCUGAGGGCCGUGGUUUAUCUCCAGAGCUGUGUGAGACGCAUGGCUGCCAGGAGGGAACUGAGGAAGCUAAGGGUGGAGGCUCGCUCUGUAGAACACUUCAAGAAGCUCAACGUCGGCAUGGAGAACAAGAUCAUGCAAUUGCAGAGGAAAGUGGACGAACAGCACAAGGAGAACAGAGAGCUCAGUGAGAGGUUGCGUACUGUGGAGCGGUCCCGGGCAGCGGAGAGCGAGAGACUGGGUGGAGAGGUGGAGCGACUGCGCGUGGCAGAGGAGGAGAGCAGAGUUAAAGCAGACGGGGUACCCUCCCUCCUGGAACAGCUGUCAUUCCUCCGUCAGGAAUUGGAGACUACCAGGGAGGAGAAAGAGGCCAUACGGGAGGAGGCUAGGACAUACAGGGUGGACACUGAGAAGGUGGUGUCAGAGUUGAAUGAGAACAACCGCUCGUUGAUAACGGAGAAAGACGAUAUGAAUCAGCUGAUCCAGGAACAGAGGCAACAGAUCGCAGAGAGCAAGGCCCAGGCUAAAGUCGGUAUGCAGCUGGAGAGUGAUAUCCGUGAGGAGCGUGACCACUACCAGAGUCUGCUGAGUGAAUACACACGUCUGAAAGAGAGACACGCUGACCUGAAAGAAGAGAUGACUAUCAGCGUGAUCACCAAUAAACCAGGCCGCCGGAGAACAGACUCCAACCACAGCAGCAAUGAGUCUGAGGGAACUCCCAGCUCUGAAUCUGCAGAGGGAAGAAACAGCUCGGUGAAAACUCACAGCUCAACACGCAGCUCCUCGGGGUUCACCGAGUCCGAGACCAGAUCUCUACGAGGAGACGACGCGCCACACCAGGACGCGCCACACCAGGACGCGGUUGACAUGGCAGUCCUGUUGAAGCUGCAGAGGAGAGUCACUGAGCUGGAGCAGGACAAACAGACACUGCAGAGACACCUGGAUAAGCGGGAGGAGGCACAACAAGACCAGGUCAAAAAUGCAGAGAAGCAAAGAACUGCAGGGAGAGCUGAGCUGGACCUGGAGGCUCUGAAACGCCAGGAGCUGGAGUCGGAGAACAAGAGGCUGAAGACAAACCUGGCGGAGCUGCGUCAGUCUCUAGCUACAGUCUCCAACACCAACCCCGGGGCUAAGACCAACCCCGGGGCUAAGACCAACCCCGGGGCUAAGACCUCCACCAGCAGCCCCGGGCCGGGCUCCGCUCCCUACAACGUGCUCCUGGAGCAGCUCAACUCCUCCAACGAGGAGCUGGAGGUCAGGAAGGAGGAGGUGCUGCUCCUCCGCUCACACAUGGUCCGCCAGGAGGUGCUCAAACACAACAAGGAAGCGUAUGGAGAGAUGCAUAAGAUGAUUCAUCUUGGUGAAACUCCACCCAAAGAGGCUGAUGGAUCCACUCCUGAUUACCACAAGUUGAACGAGGAUGGAGAGCUGUGGCUGGCUUAUGACGGGUUGAAGGAGACCAACAGCCUGUUGGUGUCUCAGCUGCAGGUGCAGGACAGGAGGCAUGAGGAGGAGUUGGAGGAGCUGAGAGAGGAGGUGCUCAGGGUGAGAGAGGAGAACAGGCAGCAGCAACAGUUCCUCUCCCAGAGCCUCCUCCUCCCCCAGGAGGCUCGCAUCGAGGCCAGCCUGCACCACGAGAUCACACGCCUUACCAGCGACAACCUGGACCUGAUGGAGCAGCAAGAGAAACAGGACAAGAUGAUCCGCAAACUUAAAAAACAGCUCAAAGUCUACGUGAAGAGGGUAGAGGAAUACGAAGCUGGCGGUCAGAUGGAGAGGGUGGCUCCAGGUCCAGAGCCUCGCUCUCCUGUUGGUAUCACCCGGAAGGAGAGGGACUUCCAAGGCAUGCUGGAGUACCGGAGGGGGGAUGAGAGCAAACUACUGAAGAGUCUGGUUGUGGAGCUGAAACCUCGUGGUGUGGCGGUUAACUUCCUCCCUGGUCUGCCGGCCUACAUCCUGUUCAUGUGUCUGAGACAUGCUGACUACUCUAAUGAUGACCAGAGAGUCAGCGUCCUGCUCAACUCUACCAUCAACAGCAUCAAGGGAGUCAUCAAGAGGCGAGGAGAUGACUUUGAGACUGUGUCUUUCUGGCUGGCCAACACCUGCCGGUUCCUACACUGCCUGAAGCAGUACAGUGGAGAGGAGGCGUUUGUAAAGAACAACACCCCGCGGCAGAAUGAGCACUGCUUGUGUAACUUUGACCUGUCAGAGUACCGUCAGGUCCUCAGCGAUCUGGCCAUCCAGAACUACCAGCAGCUGGUCAGAUGCAUGGAGGAGGCCCUGCAGCCCAUGAUAGUUCCGGGUAUGCUGGAGCAUGAGAACUUCCAGGGAGUUCUGGGGUCUAAACCCACGGGCCUACGGAAGAGGACGUCCAGUUGCCCCGGAGAGGCUGUUUACACGGUGGACAGCAUCCUACAGCAACUCAGUCUCUUCCACGCUACCCUGAUUCAGCAUGACGUCGACCCCGAGCUCAUCAAACAGGGCGUGAGGCAGCAGUUCUACAUCAUCUGUUCUGUCACUCUCAACAACCUGCUGCUGAGGAAGGACAUGUGCUCCUGGAGUAAAGGACUGCAGAUCAGGUAUAAUGUGUGGCAGCUGGAGGAGUGGCUGGAGGAGAAGGGGCUGCCAGACUGUGGAGCUAAAGAGAUGCUGGAGCCGCUGAUCCAAGCCGCUCAGUUACUACAGGUCAAGAAGAAGACUGACGAAGACGCCCAGGCUCUCUGCACCAUGUGCUCUGCCCUCACCACACUACAGAUUGUGAAAGUGCUAACCUUGUACACCCCAGUGAUUGAAUUUGAGGAACGGGUUUCAAUAUCCUUCAUUAGAACCAUACAGGCCCUGUUGAAAGGCCGUGUUGAGUCACCGCUGUUACUUAUGGACACCAAGAAGAUAUUCUCUGUGACAUUUCCCUUCACCCACUCCCCUCUGGCUUUGGAGACCAUUCAGAUUCCUAGCAGUCUGAAUCUAGGAUUCCUCACACGGGUCUAACCCCUGACCCCCCCCCCCCCCUAGUUAAAAAAAAAAAGUGUAUCCUUCCUCCUUGAAGUGAUUUACACAUAGUUGGACAGGUUUGAUGACUUCAAAGGAAGGAAGGGAGGAAGAAAUUUGAACGGCGCCCAGGAAUUCUCCCCAAUGGGAGAAAGAGGGAACUACAUGAUUCACCAAAGAUGCCUGACCAUUCAUGUUUUACAAAUGCCUUAGAAAAAAAGUCAGUCCGUUUUUCAUAAUGUCCUGAACACAUACAAUUAGAAACAAGGAACAUUUGGAGAUCCUUUGUAAUAAUAUGAUGUAUUUGGCAAGAGAUAAAUUAUAUUAUAAUACAUAAUAAAUCUUUUAGCAAUAGUUACAGUA